AUGAAGCUCUCGUCUGUGUCCUCCCUAUGGCUGGCUGGUGCCAUGGCGCCAAUGGCCUUGGCCAUUGACAUCGACUGGACUUCAGAAGAUUCAAUCAAAGAGGGCGCAGCAACAAUAGCAUAUGGCUUGAUGAAGUACUACACAGGAAACAACACUGGUGACGUGCCGGGAAACUUGCCAGACCCAUACUACUGGUGGGAAGCAGGUGCCAUGUUUGGCGCGAUGGUGGACUAUUGGGCAUACACAGGCGACGACACAUACGUCAACAACACAUUCCAAGCUAUGCAGCACCAAGUAGGCGACGACUUGGAUUUCAUGCCACUCAAUCAGACCAAGUCAGAAGGAAAUGAUGACCAAGGUUUCUGGGCACUCUCGGCCAUGGCAGCCGCUGAACAGAAUUUCCUCAACCCAAACCAAACAUCGGAAGGUGGAACCCAAUGGCUCGCCCUAGUGCAGGCUGUCUUCAACGAAUACGUCUUACGUUGGGACGACGCAGACUGCGGCGGAGGACUGCGAUGGCAGAUUUUCACAUUCAACAACGGCUACACUUAUAAGAACUCCAUCUCGAACGGGUGCUUCUUCAACCUGGGCGCUCGCCUGGCGCGUUAUACCGGCAACCAGACCUACGCAGACUGGGCGACAAGGGUGUACGAGUGGAUGGAGACUGUGGGUUUUAUUGACGAGGAGUACAACAUCUACGACGGAGCCGGAUACGGCGACAACCAGAACUGCACCAACAUCGACCAGGUGCAGUGGACGUACAACGCGGGCAUCUGGCUGCACGGAGCCGCCGUCAUGUACAACUACACCAACGGGUCGACCGAGUGGCAGACACGCGUGGACGGCAUCCUCAACCACACCUCGCAGCAGUUCUUCCAAGACCAAGUCAUGUACGAGCCCGCCUGCGAGCCCGCCUUCCAGUGCAAGACCGAUUCGCUCUCCUUCAAGGCCUACCUGGUGCGGUGGCUCGCAGGCACCGUGCAGAUGGCGUCGCACACCUACGCGACCAUCGGGCCCCUGCUCUCGGCGAGCGCCGCCGGCGCCGCGCUGCAGUGCUCCGGCACGGCGACCGAGGCCGACGGGUACAAGGGCGUCAGCGGGACGGCGUGCGGCAUGCACUGGGUCGACGGCGCAGAGUGGGACGGCAUGAACGGCGUGGGCCAGCAGAUGGCGGCCUUGUCUGCUAUCUUCUACAGUCAGGUCAAGAACUGGAACGUUCCAACGCCCUACACGGCCAUCACCGGCGGUACCUCGACGGGUGACGCCUCUGCCGGCCAGGACAAGACGGACGAGUCGCUGAGCACACUCAAACCCAUCACUGCUGGUGACAAGGUCGGGGCCGGAUUCUUGACGACGAUUGUCGCGGCGGGCCUGUUCGGUGGCUGUUUCUGGAUGGUCAAGGAGUGA